CUUUCCUUCUCAUUCUCUCGUACGCGAAAUCUUUCUCACUCAAAACCCUAAGACUAUUUCCCUUCCUCUUUCUCACUCAAAAAUCCUUCAAAUCCGCUGCACUCAUCUUCGUUCGUUCAGAUUCAGAUCCGUUCUCUGAUUUCACCUUCAUUCAACCUUCUCCUCGGAUUCUUUCAACCUUCAACUUCAAUCUUCAAAAUCCAGGUGGCGCAUUCUUGGUUCCUGAUAUGGUGGACAAAGUUCCUGCAACUGCAACUGUUUUUUCUGAUGUAGAACCCUCCAACUAAUUGCAUAUCAUGAAAAUGUUUUUCAUGGGCAACCCAUGCAUACUAAUGUUCCUGCUGCUCCACAUCCUCCAGCCAUGCGUCCUAGGGUGCGGGCUAGAAGAGGACAGGCUACAGAUCCACACAGCAUAGCUGAGAGAUUACGCAGAGAAAGAAUCGCAGAAAGAAUCAGGGCGUUGCAAGAUUUGGUUCCAAGUGUCAACAAGACAGAUAGAGCUGCCAUGUUAGAUGAAAUUAUGGAUUACGUCAAGUUCUUAAGGCUUCAAGUGAAGGUGUUAGAUAUGCUUGAAGAUGCUUGUGAAUCAUUGCUAGAAAACAUUUUGGCAGAAAAUAAACAUAUACAAGAGGUGGCAAAAGUGUAAGCAAACCAAUCUGAAUUCAGUUACUAGGUAAAAGUGUUGCAGGGACAGUUACCAGUAUUUCAUGUUUUGUAACACUUGGAAUUGGAGGUGGUAUUAAUGGGCUCUCUGCUUGUUCCCUCUCCUCAAAGAUGCUGGUGCUUUGUGGCUUUAGAUGAUUUUGAAUUUAGUUUCUUAGUCAUUAGACUUGGAAUAAUUAGUGAUAAUGUUAAGCACUGACUUUUAAUGUGUUGCAUGUAACUUGUUAGCUUGUUAGGAAUUGACAAUGAUUUGUGGAAAAUAAUAUUCGGAAUUAUGUCAA